UCUUGCCGCAAUGUAAGCAUGAGGCAACGACUGCUGACCCGUCAUAUUGAUCGACCUGGAUCCGCACUUCGCCUCUAUCCGAUUGCGCGAUUCGGGUGGCGCUUCACAGACUGCGCCGCGACGCCUCGCGACGCUUAAACACGCUAGCGUAGUCGCAACCACUGCACUUGUUUUUACACCGCAUACGUCCUUCUUCUACAUGGAAUCGUCCUCCGCCAUGCUGGUGUUGCAGUGAUCACAUAAAUCGACAAGAGUACGCGUAUUUAUCGACGAUAGUGACGGUCGGAUCUGGUCGAGGGGAACCGAAUCUUGGAAAUUAGCGUUCCUCUAAUCUUCGCCGAGUUUCCGGUUCCUUUGAACGAUUGACCAUUCCGGAUCUUCUCCUCACGAAUCGUUCGAUCGCCUGACAGGCGAAUGCAACUCCUUGAAUUGUAUCAAAAACGAAUUUUCACCGUAGGGAUAAGCUCGUGACACGGCAUGAGGUUGUACAGGAAAUAAAUGGAAAACUAUCGUACUGGAAACAUGUUGCCGAAUUACUUGAUAGGGGCGGCAAUUGUACUUGCGGUUGCCACCGUCUGUCGCGCGGAGUGCCAGACUCGUUCUAUUUAUUGCUACGAAUGCGACUCGUGGACGGAUUUUAGAUGCAAGGAUCCUUUCAAUUACACCGCACUUCCCAGGGAUCAACCGCCUCUUAUGACUUGCAAUGGAUGUUGCGUGAAGAUGGUUCGCAACGCAAGGUCGCCGUAUGAGAGCGUGAGGCGGACCUGCACUUCGCAGCUACAGAUAAACUUAUUCAUGGUGGAUCACGUGUGCAUGAUGGAAAGUACCGGCACUGGUCACAUGUGUUUCUGUGAGGAGGAUAUGUGCAAUCGUGUCUCCCCGACCUCGUGUUCGAAUCCCGCACUCCUGCUGAUCCUGUCGACCAUCCUUGUACUACGCUCGGUCAUCUUAGGAGCCCCAGCUUGCUUUGUAGAACGUUGCAAUGGUCACGUCGUAUAACACUAAUUUAACUCGAUUCACCCGCCAGUGAUUCCGAUCAUAUCCUCCGUAGAAUUUUAGUUCUAACCAGCGACU